AUGUCAGAAACUUAAGAAAGUGAAAAGGUUCAAUUAUCUAUAAAGGAGGAACAAAAUAAUAACAAAUAUAGUUCAACUUCAAUGGUAACAUCUAAUGAAAAAAAUAUUUAAUCCUUCCUUAAAGACUUAUGUCAAAAAGGAUUUUAAAUUAUCAAUUUUGACAAAUGUAAGUCCCUAUUCAUAAAUCAAAAUGUUAUUUUUUAUUGUAGCAUAGAGACGAUAAAAAAAUUUGAUGAUUAUUUAAAUUCUAUGAAUUGUUAUAGCUGCGAUGGAAAAUUUUAUUCAGUAUUUUAUGACAAAAAUCAAAAUCCUUCCUAUAAAAUAUAAGAAGGGAAGUUUUACAUUUUUAUGAGUAGAAAAAAUAUAUUUGAAUUAAAUGGUCCAGGUAUAGAAUAUUCUGGAAAGUCAAAUUUUAUCCAAUUUGAAGGUUCUUUUAAAUAUGGAACACCAUAAGAAAUUGAAUAAAAAGAUUGCAACAUAUAAAUGGCCAGUCAAUAUUUUGAUUAAAUAAUUAUUAAAGAUAUAGAAACUGGAAGAUAACUUAAUUUUGGAAUAAAAAAAAACAAAUUUUAAACUUAAGAUCUUUGGUGUAGAUUUAAUUAAUAGUUAAAUGGAAAGGAUAUAUAAAUUCUGAAUUAAAGAAGUUGGUUAAAUAGCAGUAUUAUUGAUGCUUAUGUCUUUUUUCUUAAUUUAGAAAAUGAAAAAAAAUAUUUCAAUCUGAAUAUUGAAAUUAAAAGUUAAUUUUAAUAAAUUUUAAUAAUCCCAACAAGUUUUACUAGUAAUUUAGGUUCUUCUUAUACACUUGAGAAAGCUAAAUCGCUUUUUUAACAAGAAUUGCUUUAAUUUAAAGAUUUGAAUUGGAAUUUAAAACUAGUAUAUAAAUAUAUAGGUUUUCCUAUUAAUAAAAACAAUGUUCAUUGGUAUUUUCUUUUAUUUCAUUUAUAAGAUAAUAUUGUAGAGGUAUUUGAUUCGCUUCCCUCAAUCUGUUUUGACGAUAAUUUAGUUAAAACUUUAGAAUAAAUUCUUCAAUUAGGGCAAUUUAAUAGAAUUAUAAAAAAGGAUUUCUGUUAAUAAAGAGAUGGAUAUUCAUGUGGAUAUUAUGUUUGCUCUUUUAUGAAAUAUAUUUCAAACCUUUUUGAUAAUCCAGAAUUAAAAUAUUAAUAUAAUGAAGAUGAAAUAAGAAGAGAGUUGUCAUAUGUUAUAAACUAAAUAGAAUGA